GUUGCUAGUAGGAGCUUCGAUGAUCUGCAGCAAUCUUGUCGCGCUGCAUUGGUGGCACUGAAUGUUCUCGGAACGAGGAAUUUUGUGGUGGUGCUGGACGAGACAGUGUGGUUUCCUCAGUGGGAAAUUGUUUGUGGCCUCAGACAAGAUUCCGCAAUGGGCUACAUUGGCGGGUACAAGAGCACGGACGAGGACGUUUCCUACAUUCCCUCACCCGCUGAGGAGGACUCCAUGCCACAAGAAAAGCUAGCAAAAAUGUCUGUGCACUAUGUCAUUAGCAGGGCAGACUCGAACAGACACGUCUACCAAGUUGACUGUCUCCCCAGAAAACCCAAGCCCAAAGGUUCGACCGAGACAAUGGCAGGCGCCAAAAUUACCAUGAUGGAGUAUGGAUUCCUUUGGAAAGUGUCAACCUGGUGCAACUCUGAUCUUCCGCCACUCAGCGGCGCAUGGGACGGGGGCUCUUCCAACACGAGUGUGAACGCACUGUUCCUUGGAUUGCUUCCAAAGGCUCAGAUGCAUGUGCCGUUCUUCAGCCAGUGCACCAAGAAACCACUGCCAAACAUUCCGAUGUGGACAUACCAGGCUUUGUUUUAUGGCGAGCACUUCCUGAGUGGUUGCAAUGACAAUCGUCACAUUAUGAAGCGAUUUGGGAGCCAUCUCUGCAGUGGUGCAAGAAUGAUCCGCUGGGGAGCGUUCAUUGUGAGCCUGACACCAUUAGUGAAUGGAGGACUAUCCUUGAGGGCACUCUCUGGAGAUGACCCCCAGUCAGACGUUGAUGGUGCAAGACGCAUGAACGCCGCAUAUGUUCAGGAUUGUUGGAGCUCAUUGUCAUGCAUUGUGCCGCAAUUUGUGAGCUCGCUGCUCACGAGUGCAUGGACUGCGUCCGCUGCCUUCAGCCUGAGAGAGGCAGUGUCAAAUGCGCUCAUGGCAUAUUACCUUCUUUGUAUCCAGACUUCGCAAACGAUGAAGGAGAACAAGAAGGGUUGGUCAAAGCAUUGGCUGCCAGCGCAAAAUCUGCGGGCCCUGAUGGAUCUCGCUGGACACAUUGUUCUGGCAUCUGUGCAUUGGCCUCAGCAAGAGCCCUGGAUGCCAUCAGCGCGUGAGGAAAGCUUGAUCGAGAAAUUUUUCGGGCAAGUGAAGAGCUACCAGCACGGUGAUAACACCAUGAAGGAUGGCAUCUACGGUGCUCACAUGGUUCACGCAAAGCAGUACGCCAAGUGUGCGAUGUGGGAAGACUUUCAGUCGAGACGAGAAACGCCAGUGAGCCAGGAAGAGUUGACCCUCAUUGCAAAGCGGAGUCUGGACAAUGCAGUCACCUUCCAUUCCUGGAUUUCCAAAGGACUCACGUGUGAGCAGAUUCACCAUGAUGUGAAGGAAUGGUGGGGAGCAUUUGGACACGAUUUCCUCAAGAAGCGUUUCAGGAGCGGAGAUGCAGAACACGCAGGUGAUAUGCCCCUGGAGAUGGAUGAAGAGGAGGACC